AUGGCAAACAGAGAUAUUUGUCCAACCACACUAAUCGAGGUAAAGCCGGGAGACGAAACUGGCAUUUAUCACAUUAUCUUUUGCAAUUUGCCGUUCAAAGCAACAUGGCAAGAGUUGAAAGACUGGCUUUCAGAAUCCUGCGCUAUUGACUUUGUUGAGAUCUUUCCUGUAAGCUGUUCAGGAUGGGUCUGUAUCCACGGCAAAGAAAAAUUUGAAACAGUGUUGGCGUAUAUGAAAACCGAGUACUUUAAAGGUCGACACCUCAUCUUUGAUGAUAAAAAUAAAUCCGAGCCUAUUAGGAUUAGAGUCAGAGUAGCCGGCCCAAAACCAAAAUAUGCCGAGAAAUAUUCUUGCUUGAUGGAACGAAGCCAGGAACGAAGAGCAUCUUCGAGGAAUGAGGCGAUCUAUGCCGCAACCACUGCUGAAAUGACGGCAUUUACCGAUUUCAUGGCUGUUUUGCUUUGUAUAGCAACUCUAUACAAACCUCCGCCGGCGCUGUAUUAUCCACCGGCGCUCACAUUUCCUGGCAACGAAUGGGACAAUUAUCAUGGCAUGAGCCCCUGCGCUCCUUGUCCCAUCUCCGGUGACAUGAUUCCGACGCCGCCCGAUUCCCCAGAAGGUGGGCUGCAUGAAAGUGCCGCCGCCGGCGGAGACGAGGAUGACAAGGACGAUCAGUACUACCUGGGCGAGAUACAAGGUAAUGCGAGGGAGAGGCGUGCGCAGUCCGUGCCGCCUUCUUUCAGGUGGGCAGGAAAUGAGACGUCAGAGUAA